GGCGUGGCAGUCGCACCUGCGCGAGUUGGGGGAAGAAGGAGGAGCGAGGUGACGCAGGCGUAAUAAUAGAGAAGGUGCCAGAAAGAUCCAAAACAAGUGGCUGCGGCUGUCGCCCAGGAGUCAUCCGACGCCGGAAUCCGGGCCUGGUUCUGAGCUUGUUCCGCAUCCCUCCCCCGGGAAUGGCGCUGUCUGGGUCGACCCCGGCCCCCAGCUGGGAGGAGGAUGAGUGCUUGGACUACUAUGGCAUGCUGUCGCUUCACCGCAUGUUCGAGGUGGUGGGCGGGCAGCUGACCGAGUGCGAGCUGGAGCUUCUGGCCUUCCUGCUGGACGAGGCCCCCGGCGCAGCUGGCGGCCUGGCCCGCGCCCGCAGCGGCCUGGAGCUGUUACUGGAGCUGGAGCGCCGCGGGCAGUGCGACGAGAGCAACCUUCGGCUGCUGGGCCAACUCCUGCGGGUGCUUGCCCGCCACGACCUGCUGCCGCACCUGGCGCGCAAACGGCGCCGGCCAGUGUCCCCUGAGCGCUACAACUAUGGGACCUCCAGUUCUUCCAAAAAGACAGAGGGCAGCUGCCGGCGCCGUCGUCAGUGCAGCACUUCCAGCACUUCUUCAGAUUCUCAGCAGGGCCAGUGGGAUACAGACUCCCCUCCGACCAAGCGACAGCGGUGGAGUCGGGGCCGCCCUAGUGGUGCCAGAAGGCGGCGGAGAGGGGGUCCCCCUGCCCCCCAGCAACAGCAGCAGCAGGAGCCAACCAGGCCUGCAUCAGAAGGCAAAGUGACCUGUGACAUCCGCCUCCGGGUUCGAGCAGAGUACUGUGAGCACGGGCCGGCCUUGGAGCAGGGCGUGGCAUCCCGGCGACCCCAGGCACUGGCGCGGCAGCUGGACGUGUUUGGGCAGGCCACUGCAGUGCUGCGCUCGAGGGACCUGGGCUCCGUGGUUUGUGACAUCAAGUUCUCGGAGCUCUCCUAUCUGGAUGCUUUCUGGGGUGACUACCUGAGUGGCGCCCUGCUGCAGGCCCUGCGGGGCGUGUUCCUGACUGAGGCCCUGCGCGAGGCCGUGGGCCGGGAGGCCGUCCGCUUGCUGGUCAGUGUGGACGAGGCCGACUACGAGGCCGGCCGGCGCCGCCUGUUGCUGAUGGAGGAGGAUGGGGGGCAGCGCCCGUCAGAGGCCUCUUGAUCGUGGAUCUUGCAGGACUGACCCCACUUCCAAGUCUCCAGUCCACCUUCUGCCCUGGAGAGUGACCAUCUCUGCCCCUAGAGAACUGUCGUCUGGCCGCUCAGACUGCUCCAGGACGGCAGCUCCUUGACAGCCUCUUCUGCAGGAUGUGGGCUCUGAGGCCUAAACCACUUCCAGCCCAGUUUCCUUCCCAAACUCCCUCCACCCCCAGGUGUGUUCUCUUAGCCUCAGGAGGCCAGAGACUCAGGCUUGCAGAUCACAAAAGAUGGGCGGUGUAGCCACACUCACCAAAGCCCCCAUCGUGUCUCUGACCCUGGCUCUGUGCACAUGUACGCCAGUGCAUACAGGUACCCACUCAUGCACUGCCCCUCUGGCCCUUGCCCUGGCCUGCUCCGCACUCAUUGGCCUAAGGGCUUUUCUCUCAGGAUCUCUCAUUUUACCGCCCCCACCUGGGCUUCAGCCACACCAGUGGGCCUGGAGCUGGGUGCACAUGGGCCUGCUCACCUUGCCUAUGCAUCUCUAGCCAGCCAGGGCUCUGUCUAGUGUCCCCACACAGACCUAGCUGUCUUCGCCAUCCCCCUGCUCCCCAGGGCCCGACACAGACUUGCACUUACUGGGACCCUUACCCUGAGUGUCACAUGUGGGUGUUGUGGCAGAAUCAGAUCAAGGUUUGCUGUUGCCUGUGGGGCCAGGGCCAGUACUGGCUGCCUUGUAAAGGAAAGGCAAAGAUUUGAGGCUGAUGGAAAGACCUUUUGCAAAUGGCACCAAUAAAACUGCCUUGGAAGGGGCACAGGUGGGCAUUAAG